CGCUCACAGUAGGAACAUACGUGAUCAGAGAGCAUCAUCGCUGUAGCCGCUGCAUGUAUAUCAAACGCAUAAACAUGGUGGAUUUGAUCUGAAUCAUGUCAAGCGGUCAGGACGAGAGCACAGUCCGUGUGGCGCUCAGGAUUCGUCCUCAGCUAGCAAAGGAGAAGAUUGAAGGAUGUCACAUCUGUACGUUUGUGACGCCGGGCGAGCCGCAGGUGGUUUUGGGAAAGGAUAAAGCCUUCACGUAUGAUUAUGUGUUUGACAUGGACUCAAUGCAGGACAGUAUCUACACCAACUGCACUGAGAAACUCAUUGAAGGGUGUUUUGAUGGUUACAAUGCCACGAUCUUCGCAUACGGACAGACAGGGUCAGGGAAGACAUAUACAAUGGGCACAGGGUUUGACAUUACUAUAGCAAAUGAAGAGCUGGGCAUCAUCCCGCGAGCGGUCAGUCAUCUGUUUAAAGGCAUCGAACAGAGACGACAGACAGCAGCAGAUCAAGGCCGACCCGUCCCAGAGUUCAAAAUCAGUGCACAGUUCCUAGAGUUGUAUAAUGAAGAGGUGUUGGAUCUCUUUGACACCAGUCGUGAUAUGGAGAUGAGGAAACAGAAAUCUCACAUUAAAAUCCAUGAGGACGCCAACGGCAGCAUCUACACUGUCGGGUUGACCACGCGCACCGUCCUGUCAGAAACAGAAAUGAUGCAGUGUCUGAAGCUGGGCGCUCUCUCUCGCACCACCGCCAGCACACAGAUGAAUGUACAGAGUUCACGCUCACACGCCAUCUUCACCAUACACAUCUGCCAAGUGCGAGUUUGUGAGCCUGCAGAAAAUUCUGCAGAUCAGGACAGUGAGACAGACAAUCGACUGGCCAACAACUCAUCUGAGAUGGAGGAGUUCGAGACACUCACGGCCAAGUUUCACUUUGUGGAUCUGGCUGGAUCGGAGCGGCUCAAGAGGACUGGAGCCACAGGAGACCGGGCCAAGGAAGGCAUAUCCAUUAACUGUGGACUGCUGGCAUUGGGAAAUGUCAUCAGUGCAUUAGGAGACAGAAGCAAACGAUCACCGCACGUGCCUUACAGAGACUCUAAGCUUACUCGACUUCUUCAGGAUUCACUGGGAGGAAACAGUCGUACAGUGAUGAUCGCCUGCAUCAGCCCGUCAGAUCAAGACUUCAUGGAAACCCUCAACACACUGAAGUACGCCAACAGAGCUCGCAACAUCAAGAACAGGGUGAUGGUGAACCAGGACAAGGCCAGUCAGCAGAUCAGCGCACUCAGGACGGAGAUUGCUAGACUACAGAUAGAACUCAUGGAGUACAGAACGGGGAAGCGUAUGGUUGGAGAAGAUGGACUCGAAAGCAUCAAUGACAUGUUUCAUGAGAACUCCAUGCUGCAGAUAGAGAAUAAUAAUCUGCGCAUGCGUGUUAAGGCUAUGCAGGAAACUAUAGACGCUCAGGGUGCCCGACUUACACAGCUGCUCAGUGAACAGGCCAAUCAGGUGCUCGCCAGAGCAGGUGAAGGAAGUGAGGAGAUUGGAAAUAUGAUUCAGAAUUACAUCAAGGAAAUUGAAGAUCUGAGAGCUAAGCUUCUGGAGAGUGAAGCAGUGAAUGAACACUUGAGAAGGAACCUCACUCGAGCUUCCAGUCGUCCACCAUUCUACGGAAAUUCUGGAGCAUUCUCUCCCGCUAUGCUGGGGGCCGACCUGAGCCAGGACACUAGCGAAAUCAUUGAAAUUGCCAAGAAAGACCUGGAGAAACUGAGGAGGAAGGAAAAGAGGAAAAAGAAGAGUGCCAUCAAAGACGAAACACUCGACAGUGAACAGAAGAUCAGUGAGAGAGAGACGUCACAAACAGCCAAUCAAGAGCCAGAGAUGGAGGGCAGUGACCGUGAGGAGGGAGAUGGAGAAGAGGAGGAGGAGGAGGAGGAGGUGGAUGAAGAUGAGCUGGAUGCGGAGGAGAGCUCUGAGGAGUCUGAUUCUGAGCUGGAUGAGAAAGAGGACUUCCAGGCAGAUCUGGCCAACAUCACGUGUGAGAUCGCCAUCAAGCAGAAAUUAAUCGAUGAACUGGAGAACAGCCAGAGACGCCUGCACACGCUCAAACAACAGUAUGAACAGAAACUCAUGAUGCUGCAGUGUAAGAUCAGAGACACACAGCUGGAGAGAGAUCGAGUGCUGCAGAAUAUGGGCUCCGUGGAGACGUGUUCGGUGGAUAAAGCUAAGCGUAUAAAGGCUGAAUAUGAGAAGAAACUGAGUGUGAUGAAUAAAGAGCUGCAGAAGCUGCAGGCGGCACAGAAGGAGCACGCUCGCUUACUGAAGAACCAAUCACAGUAUGAGAAACAACUGAAGAGACUCCAGCAGGACCUGACUGAAAUGAAGAAAACCAAAGUGCGUCUGAUGAAGCAGAUGAAAGAGCAGCAGGAGAAGAGCAGGAUGGCAGAAUCCCGCAGAAACCGCGAGAUCGCCUCACUCAAGAAAGACCAGCGCAAACAAGAGCAUCAGCUGAAAAUUCUAGAAGCUCAGAAGAGACAACAGGAACUCAUUCUGCGCAGAAAAACAGAGGAGGUGAGUGCUCUGAGGAGGCAAGUGCGACCCUUAUCAGGAAAGGUCACACGAAAGGUCAAUAUGCCAGAGUCAAGUCAGGAUGUCUCUUACAGACCGCCCGCAGGUCGAACUUACUCGAGUUCAGGAGCAACUAAUGGAACCAGAUUAUACCAGCGCAGGUCGGUUGGCAUUUACUCCACCCGUGUAGCUCGUGGCAAAUGGCAGAGCCUGGAACGGCGUGUCUCUGAUAUUAUCAUGCAGCGCAUGACCAUUUCAAACAUGGAGACAGACAUGAAUCGCCUUCUAAAGCAACGUGAAGAGUUGACACGGAGACGAGACAAGAUCAUCAGAAAGAGAGAGAGACUGCUGGCAGAUGAGCCAGAGGACGAGAAAGCCGUUCAGACUCUGAAUGAAGAGCUGGAGUCGCUGCUGGCAAACAUAGACUACAUUAAUGACAUCAUCACUGAAUGCCAGGCCAACAUCAUGCAGAUGGAGGAAGCCAAGGAGGAGGGUGACGCUGUGGAUGUCUCAGCUGUGAUUGUCUCCUGCACUCUGACUGAAGCCCGAUUCCUUCUCGAUCAUUUCAUGUCCAUGGCCAUCAACAAGGGUCUUCAGGCAGCGCAGAAGGAAUCUCAAAUAAAGGUGAUGGAGGGCCGUCUCAAGCAAACGGAAAUCAAUAGUGCGACUCAAAACCAGCUGCUCUUCCACAUGCUCAAAGAGAAGGCCGAGGUUAACCCAGAACUGGACGCUUUGCUGGGGAACACUUUGCAAGAACUAGGUAACAUGCCCUUUGAAAAUGGUGAGGACAGUAGUAGCGAUGAGUCGGCCCAGAGUCCUGCAGUGGAAGGACAGACUCUGGCGUCAGACCUCAUGAACCUAUGUGGAGAGACUAAAUCUAGGACUAAGGCCCGGAGAAGGACCACCACUCAGAUGGAGUUACUCUAUGUGAACAACUGUGACUCUGGUCCAGACACAACCACAAAAGAUUUCUCCAUCCCUCCACACACAAUGGCAUCUGAGGGAGUUAUUGAUAUGGAGUCUGCUGGAAAUACUGUUAGAGACCGGGACUACAUGCUCCCUCCUGUUGGCAUGUCCUCUAGAAUGGAAAGCAUUAGCAGCUCUGGCAACAGACUAUCAACAGUUGGGCAAAAGAGAGUGCCAGAACCAUCCCCUCUGUCCCGCAGGAAGACGUAUGAAAAGGAACAUGCCCUGGCUGACAAGGCCAAAGCCAAACAAGGUGUGAUCAACCCUGUUCCGGCGUGGAAGAGCAGUCGCGGCAGUUCUCUGCAGUGUGUUCAUAUAGCUGAGGGUCACAGUAAAGCCGUUUUGUGUGUUGACUCCACCGAUGACCUCCUCUUCACGGGAUCUAAAGAUCGGACGUGUAAGGUGUGGAAUCUGGUAACAGGACAGGAGAUCAUGUCUCUUGGUGGACACCCCAACAAUGUGGUGUCAGUGCGGUACAGCUCCAGUGUGGUGUUCACCGUCUCCACCUCCUACAUCAAAGUCUGGGACAUCCGUGACUCGGCCAAAUGCAUCCGCACACUCACUUCAUCAGGUUUGGUGAACACUGGUGACACGUGUGCAGCCAGUACUAACCGCACUGUGACCAUACCGGCCGGAGAGAACCAAAUUAACCAGAUCUAUUUGAACCCGCCUGGAACCGUUCUGUACGCCGCUGCGGGAAACUCUGUGCGCAUGUGGGACCUGAGACGGUUUGUGUCGACGGGUAAGUUAAUGGGUCAUCUGGGUCCAGUCAUGUGUUUGACUGUUGAUCAGACUGGUAAUGGACAGGAUCUGGUGAUCACAGGCUCAAAGGAUCACUACAUCAAGAUGUUUGACGUCUCAGAAGCUGCUGUGGGGAGCAUCAGCCCUUCUCAUAACUUCGAGCCACCUCACUAUGAUGGCAUCGAGUCGCUGGUAGUUCAGGGCGAGUGUCUGUUUAGCGGCUCCAGAGACAACGGUAUCAAGAAAUGGGACCUGAGCCGCAGAGACCUGUUGCAGCAGGUACCGAACGCUCAUCGAGACUGGGUCUGUGCUCUGGGUGUUGUUCCUGGUUCUUCUGUCCUACUGAGCGGCUGUAGAGGAGGAGUGCUCAAACUCUGGCACAUGGACACACUGAGUCUGCUCGGGGAGCUCAGAGGCCAUGACAGUCCCAUUAACAGUAUAUCUACUAACAGCACUCAUCUGUUUACCACAUCAGAUGACCGUACGGUGAAGAUCUGGCGUGCAAGGGGAGGUGUGGAUGGCACCGCAGAUGUGACUGACACCGCUGAUGAGAGCGUCAGUAACUGACUGUUCCUUUAAUUGCAAACUACUGCAGCGUUACUAUGGUAACAUUGCUGCCAAAGACAUUUGCACUUUGACCCUAUCAAUUAAACUUGGAUAUGUACUCUUUGAUAUGCACCACAAACAUCCCAACAGAAUCUACUCACAAGAGUUCAGUUCACUAAUACCAGGGCAUUGGUGAAGAUGUAAAGUCAACGUCACACGCUAAAUAAAGCUCUUAGUUCUAAAAAUAACCAUGCCAGCUCAGUUAAUUCUAACAAUCAUGGAAACUGCACUAAAAACAGACACAUUGACACGGAGUUCUGUCAGAACUGGAUCUUCUGUAGCUGGACUCAGUAUUCCUGUUCUCUCGGAAACAUACAGAAUGUUGUGGAUCGGAAGAGAUUUCUGUGAACUAACUGGCUGAAUCUCACGAAACCAGGCAAUGGUCACAUUUCACCCCAAAAUCUAAAGAAAAAGAUAUGAACUAUUACAAGGAAACACAAGACUAUUACGAGAGAAUGGAAAAACUUUGCGAUGGGAUGCAAAGUAUUGCGAGGGAACCUCAAACGUUUGCAAAACUUAUUUAGAGGAAACAAAACGUAAUUCAAGGGAACGCAAAACUAUUAAGAGGAAACAAAACGUAAUUCAAGGGAACGCAAAACUAUUACGAGGAAACAAAACGUAAUUCAAGGGAACGCAAAACUAUUAAGAGGAAACAAAACGUAAUUCAAGGGAACGCAAAACUAUUACGAGGAAACAAAACGUAAUUCAAGGGAACGCAAAACUAUUAAGAGGAAACAAAACGUAAUUCAAGGGAACGCAAAACUAUUACGAGGAAACAAAACAUAAUUCAAGGGAACGCAAAACUAUUAAGAGGAAACAAAACAUAAUUCAAGGGAACGCAAAACUAUUAAGAGGAAACAAAACGUAAUUCAAGGGAACGCAAAACUAUUACGAGGAAACAAAACGUAAUUCAAGGGAACGCAAAAACGAAAACGCUAAACGAAAAUUGCUAAAAGCUAAACGAAUUGUGAGGGAACGCAAACUAAUGCAAGGGAGCCUCAAACCAUUGUAAGAGAGCGCAAAACUUAUUACGAGGAAACAAAACAUAAUUCAAGGGAACACAAAACUUAUUACGAGGGAACGCAGCAGCAGUUUUUGUAUGGGAAAGCAAAAAUACUGCGGGGAAAAACCCUAUUUCAAGAGAAUGCAAAACUUAUGGCGAGGGAAUGCAGAUUUCAUUAAACAUUGUGGGGAAUGCGAAACUUAUUACAAGAGAAUUAAGAAGUUCUUGCAAGUGAAUGCAAAACUAAUUAUGAGUGAGCAAAGACUAUUGUGAGGGAGCGCAAACUGCCAUGAAGGAAUGCAAACUCUUGACCUGUUCUAUGUGACGUCACUGUAUGACUGCUCCACCAUGUUCGUGGCCAAAAUUCCAUAUUCCUUCAAUGUGCUGCGAUGUGGGAUGUGACAAAAGUCAGCAACAUUUUUUAGAUAUAAGAUAUGUGAUCAUUGAAACACAUUGAAAUAAAUAAAAAGCACUGUGAUGUCAGUAUGCAGUCCAAUAUAGUUAAAGUGUAUAUACUAAUGUUAGUUAAUAAACAACACAUCAUAAGAUUAUUCACACCACCAGACUACAAUGUAAACAUGCCUUAUACACUAAUAUACAUGCCAUGGUUGCUGUCUGUGAAUUCUUCAUGAGGUAAAAGCAGCUCUACAUUCAUACAGCAUCACAUUGUGACCAAAUCAGAGCAGAAAACAACAGAAAACAUUUGUAACUUGUGAUUUUGAGAUGUUUACGGUAUUGUACCGUGUGCGUUACACUCACUGGUCACACAUCAGACUCACCGGCGUACAGAGGUGAAUUGUUUAUAAAAUAUAUUUAAAUGUCCGUGAAUGUUCAAUUUGGCAUUAUAUGCUCUUCCUUAAAAACUGUAUACACAUUUCAUGGGACUUGGAUCAAAAGCAAUUUUUGCUGUUUUUCCAUUCACCCCCAUUGAUUCCUCCCGCUGUUGUCACAAAUAUGGUGGCUGCGAGGAAGAAGUGACAUCACUAAAACAGGUCAAUUGCAAGGGAAUCACCCAACUGAAAUCUCCAGGAUCUUUAUUGAACUUCUGUGUGGCACCUGCUAAUUAUUUGGUGAAUAUUGUGUGAAACCAUCUUAAUAGUUACAGUAAAAUCAACCAUAUACUACAUCAAUAUAGAAGCUCUUUCACGUAUUACACAUCUCACAUUUCUUCUGUGUCGUUACCACUUUCCAUUAAAGGAAUAGUUUACCAAAAUACGAAAAUCUGUUAUCAUUUAUUCCUUCUCAUGUUGUUCCAAACCCGUAUGCCAUUCUUUCCUCUGUGAAACACUAAAGGACUGGCAGAACAUUAACCUUAGUCACCAUUCACUUUCAUUGUAUGAAAAACGGUUGUCAGUGCCUAACAUCUCCUUUGUGUGUUAACGGAAGAAAGAAAGAUGAAAGGGUUUGGAUCGGCAUGGGAGGUGAGUAAAUGAUGACAGUUUUCAUUAUGUAGUGAAAUCUCUUUAAAUUCUAUUGGGUGUGUUUAGUAAACUAAUGAGUGCAUUAGAACUGUACUGUAUAUAAACUGUAUUCUCAUGUAAGAGGAGACUUGUGCCUGUGUCACUUAUGUACAACAGUGCUUUUUCCAAUCCUGCUCCCUGCAGUCCUCUAAACACACUAGUUUACAUGUCAAAUUGUGUCUCACGGCACCUUGCUAGAUGUAAUAACACACGAAGACUCUUGAAAGUGUUAGUAGAUACGUUCUGUUUAAUUUAGUUUUCAAGCCACUCUUCCUGUGCUUCCUGUAUUUAUGAUGUCCAUGAUUUUCACUGGAGGUUUAGUUGUUGAAACACAAUGAUAAUUCCCAAUAGUGAUUUGAAUGUCAGUGGAAUUAAAAGCCAUCUGUCAAAACUCCAUGUGAAGUGCUGCUGGGUUUAUUAAAAAGACAAAUUGUCAUGAUUAUAUAUAUAUAUUAUUAUUAUUAUUAUUUUUAUUUUUUUUAAGGCUGCGGUAUUAUGAGAAAACAUAUUUGUCUUUAUAUUGUAAUUGUGUUUCAUUUGGAUUGUAAAUUUACAUUAAAUGCUUAUUUUGUCUGGGGUUAUAUGCAUGCUAUAUUCAUUAUGUUGGUUGUACAUGAGAAAUAUUUCUGAAUUACUUUUCGAUUUGAAACAUCAGUGAGUCAAGUUUACAUCGGCCAUCAUAGCAGCAUAAAAAACAAUCCUUUUGUUCAAAUUAUGACAAUAUUAUACACAGAAAUCAAGCAACAGUCACGCUUGUGAUUGAUUAAUUCUCCACUGCUGCUGCCAAUGAAUAAUAAUAAUAAUAAUAAUAAAUAAAA